AUGUUUCCCCGAAGGAUUUCUAGCUCUCAGGUUACUCAAGGCGACCGUCUUUUCUGCGUCCGGGAGACUGAUCACCAGUGCCUGCCGAUCUUGAAGCGAGAGGCGCACCUGGAGGAAGGCCACUUAAAGCCCAGACGCCCGCCUCCCUGUGUCGCACCCGCUGGAUUGCUUUGUGUAUUUUGCAGCUCUCAGGACUUUUACUAUUGGCCUUUGGAGGCGAUUGCUUUUAUCUGGAGCGAAGAAAUCGGUGGGAAUGCGAUUGUGAAGAUGAAUGCGAGUUUUCUGGUGUGUAAAAUGACGUCUUUCCCCAUCUCCAGUCAUUUCUCGCGGCCGCAACUCGAAAUGCAAGCUUCUAAUUUGUCGUUUUUAUUCUCCGCUCAGCAGCAGGAAAAGCCGCUUAACCGGGAGCCACGGCUCAGGGAUCUUGUUUCCAGAUAUAUCACCACAUCAGGAGGAUAUCAUCGAAACCACAGCAUUUUCCCCCGUAUCGACGGGGGUUUACACCUAGUUCAGGUGGACGGCGAGGUUAAGCGUCCAUCGACGUUUACCGUGACCCAGCUGCGAGAGGAGUUUUCUCAGCAUGAAGUGACCUGCGCCCUGCAGUGUGCCGGGAAUCGACGGCAUACGAUGCGAACUAAACUCAAAGAAGUCCGCGGAGUCGACUGGAAAGAUGGCGCGGUGAUGAAUUGCACUUGGAAAGGCCCGAGAUUAAGGGACGUCCUGCUUCGUGCUGGUGUCAAGAGCGAAUAUGCUGCCCAGAGCCCACUGCACGUGGAAUUCUCUUGUUUUCAAGCCUUUUGUGAAGACGACGAUUACUAUGCGGGUAGUAUUGAGUUAUGGAGGGCACUGCAACCUGAUAAGGAGGUUAUUUUGGGCCUUGAGGUGAGAUUGUCAUUGUUGCAAUGCCGCCUUGGAGUUCACUUUCGUCUAAUAUGGCUUGUAGAUGAAUGGCAAACCCCUUACUCGCGACUCUGGCUUUCCUGUUCGCGUUGUUAUUCCUGGAAUCAUCGGCGCCAGAUGGGUCAAAUGGCUGGACCGGAUCACAGUCCGAAAAACGGAAUCUCCGAACUUUUACCAAGCUCAUGA